AUGCCACCAUACAAGAAGAAGGCGCCCUCAGCCUCCAGCUCCAGGAACGCCAAUGCAACUGCCAAGGCCAAGAGCAACCCAUACAACAGAAACGCCAAGGACACUACUACAGGAGCCAAGAAGGCACACAGCGCCCUGGCCAGCAAGCCCACACAGGCCAGGAAUAAGCACAAGAACAUGAACCUUACCUCCGAACUCGAUUCCUUGCUGGGAGACCUCAACACUCAACUCCAACGGAAAAAGACCAAGCGCGACGUCCGAUCUACUGAUCCUAUUGGUGUCUCCGAGUCAGAGAAGAAGUUGAACGAGGCGCAGGCGAAGCAUGAGUCGCUCCAGCAGGAUAUGAUGAGCGCCCUUGACGGCAUCUCCUCCCUCGGCAAUUAA